AUGACCAAAGUCGCGAAGAGGCUUUUGAAGAACGGCAGAAAUAGAGAUGCGCUCCCCAAGCGCCGCAGAACUAUCUUUCGUAAACUACGGAAACUUGCCGUGGAUUUCAAUCUAAAUGUCUUUCUGCUUCUCUCUGAUCCUGAGGGUGAUACUUUUUGCUUCAAACCGGAUACAAGCUAUCCUCCCCAAGAAACUCUCGAAACCGUACCAAAAACGACUCACACUUAUGACGACUUCGAAAUGCUAGUCCCCAGCAAGGAUGAUGUUGAUAAUGAGGGAGCAAAAGAGAUGAAGAGUGAUCAACCAUCUAUGUUUAUGCCACCAGCUUUUGCCAUCUCACAGCAUGUUCCUUACUCGCCCGUGGAGAGCCUGGGCAAUUCAUUGCAGAGCUGUCACCACAAUGAAUAA